UGAUUUUAUGGUUAAUUGGUCAAAGUUUGGGGUAACUAUUCACAGUACAUGGUUGGUGAACAGGAAAUAUCAUGUGACUCCUCCUUUGUCGACAAGACUCAUUUAGUGACGAAUUAGCAGUCAAUUUUACCCCGCUUGAGAUUUUCUCCCCCUCUCUGCCGUGGCAGGGUGCUGUUGCCUAUGCUUUCACGUAUUGUUUCGUUCGCUCUCUAAUGGCGGACGUGAGGCAGUGCUACUUGCGUACCGGAGGGGGCAAAUUACUGACCGGGUCGAAAACGUUCAUUGAGACGUCCUUCACGGCGUUUUGACUGAUUGGAAUUGUUGCCAUGUGCAGAGUUUAUUGAAGGUGGUUGCCUAAGCGAUGGACGGAGAUUUGGAGCCCAGGUCCGAUGUAGAGGGCGGCGGUUCGACCGCAGAGGAGUCGCCGCCACAGCAGCUGGAGGAGGACGAGGCCAUGGAGACCACUCCCCCAGAGACGCAGGGCACGCCCACGCCAGCCGGCGACGACGACGAAGGCAGCAGCACAGCCGACACGACGGUCGCCACGACAACGGCCCCGCCCAGGCCGGCGGAGGACAACGACGACGACGUGGUGCUGGUGGAGGAGGAGGAGGACGGCCCCUCGUCGGGUCAGCAGGGACCCGGCAGUAGCCCCACCUCCUCAGGUGAAGACGCGGCUGCCACGGCGACCGAAGCCACAGACUGCGCCGAGCCUGCUGCCACGGCAACAGCGGAGACAGCAUCUUCCAUGGCAUCUGCCUCCCCACUCGCCGUUGCAACAACAGCAGCUGCUGCUGCUGCUACUGCCGGUGAUGGUGAUGGUGGUGAUGCCUCUGCUUCUGCUGCUGCUGUCGCUGCUGCAACGGCGAAGCCCCAGAGCGAGCCCAUUGUGAUAGAUGAUGAGGAGGAGGCCGAGCAGAGGGGCUCGUCCUCCUCCUCUUCCUCCUCUUCCUCAUCUUCACAGCAGGCUCUGGCGGCGCCGUUGAGCAGCACGGAGCCCGACUCGGAGAUCAAGAUCGCCAGCGUCACUACGCUGGGCGCCGCUUCCUCGUCCUCCGCUUCCGUUUCCGAGGAGGCUUCGUCGGCAGUCGCCGCCGCGGCGACGGCGGAAUCGUCGGCGGAGUCGUCGGGGGGUUCUGCGUCACCGGCGUUGUCGGCGGCGGCAACGACGACGACGUGCCCUCAGGAAGACAUGAACCUGAUGAUCACCAGCGUGACGUCGCUGCAGGGGGAGGCGGCGACGACGCAGGCGGGGGCGGAGAACGGCCUGCAGAUCAGCAGCACGUUCAGCCUCAACCCGGACGCUCAGAACCAGAACCAGACUCAGAACCAGAGCGCCACUCCCGCGUCCUCCUCCAGCCCGGCCGCCGGCCGGCCCUCGCCGACCUUUAACCCCGGCCGCGUCAGCUCCAGCUCCGCCAGCCAGCCCGUGCAGAACGGAGAGACGGGCACGCACCAAAGGCCAGACUCUUGGAUCUCUCAGUCGGCGUCGUUCCCCCGGAACCAGAAGCAGCCGGGCGUGGACUCUCCGUCGCCGGCCGCCUCGCUGGCCAAGCCGCCGGGCCAGUCGGGCUCGGGGUCGCAGCAGCCGCCGCGCACCGUCAAGGUCACGUGCGCCAACUGCAAGAAGCCGCUGAAGAAGGGCCAGACGGCGUACCAGCGCAAGGGCUCGUCGCACCUCUUCUGCUCCACGCCCUGCCUCUCCGCCUUCUCCCACAAGCCCCAGCCCAAGAAGAACUGCACCAUGUGCAAGAAGGACAUCACGAGCAUGAAGGGCACCAUCGUGGCCCAGGUGGACUCCAGCGAGUCCUUCCAGGAGUUCUGCAGCACCGGCUGCCUGGCCGCCUACGAGAACAAGCAGGUGCCCCCCAAGAGCGCCAUCAAGACCAAGUGCACCGUCUGUGGCAAGCUGACGGAGGUGAGCGACCGCGUCGACAGUAUUCGACACGAAGUGAGCUUCAAGAAUGUCACGCACAAGAUCUGCAGCGACGCCUGCUUCAACCGCUACCGCAUGGCCAACGGGCUGGUGAUGAACUGCUGCGAGCAGUGCGGCAACUACCUACCAAACCGGGCCACCGCCAACCACUACCUACUGGUGGACGGGCAGCAGAAGCGCUUCUGCAGCCAGAACUGCAUACGAGACUACAAGCAGGCUCACGGGAAGAUGACGCCGUGCACUGGCUGUAAGACCCUGUGCCGCUCCUUUGACGUGACUCACUGCAUCGGGGCCACAGGAGUCAUGGAGCCCUACUGCUCCACCGCCUGCAUGAACAAGACCAAGAUGGCCGCCGUGCAGAAUGUUGAGCCCUCGUGUCACUUCUGUAAGAGGAACGCGUUGCCCCAGUAUCAGGCCACCCUCCCCGAGGGGAAGGUCUUAAACUUCUGCAGCUCACAUUGCGUCACCAAGUUCCAGAGUGCGGCGGUUCAGCCGUCCACCAACGGCCAGGCUCCCGUCUCUGCGGCAGGCAACGACAUCCAGCUCAAGUGUAACUACUGCCGCGGAGCCUUCAGCCUCAAGCCAGAGACCCUGGAGUGGGAGAAUAAAGUAUACCAGUUCUGCAGUAAGACGUGCUGCGAGGACUACAAGAAACUGCACUGCAUUGUGGCCUUUUGCGAGUACUGUCACGAGGAGAAGACGCUCCACGAGACGGCCAAGUUCUCCGGGGUCAGCCGACCCUUCUGCGGCGAAGGUUGUAAGCUGCUGUUCAAGCAGAGCUUUGCGCGGCGCCUGGGCCUGAAGUGCGUCACCUGUAACCACUGCAACCAGAUGUGCAAGAAGAGCAUCACCAAGCAAUUUGACAGCGUCACCAGGGACUUCUGCAGCGAGACCUGCUCCAAGAAGUUCAACGACUGGUAUUACAAGGCGGCGCGCUGCGACUGCUGCAAGGUGCAGGGCAACCUGACGGAGUCUGUGCAGUGGCGCUCGGAGAUGAAGCACUUCUGUGACCAGCAGUGUCUGCUGCGCUUCUACUGUCAGCAGAACGAGCCCAACAUGGCCACCCAGAAGGGCCCGGAGAACACGACCUUAGGAAUCGGAGUGCAGACGCAAGGAACCAAGGUGACGCUGUUCAACCAGGGCCCGGUGUCCUACGCAGGCGGAGGGAUCCUCAAAGACGUGAAGAACAAGGCCGUGUUAUGCAAACCCCUCACUAUGACAAAGGCCACCUACUGCAAGCCGCACAUGCAGAGCAAGCAGCUGCAGACAGACGAGGCCGGUACAGAUCAGCUGGUGAAAAAGGAGUACGUCCCUGUGCCUAUCCCGGUGCCCGUCUACGUGCCUGUGCCCAUGAACCUCUACGCCCAGACCACCCCUGCGCCCAUCGCCAUGCCCAUCCCAGUGCCUGUGCCAUUAGUCCUUCCCACCACGCUGCAGAAUGUUGACCAGAUACUGGAGGCCAUCAACGAGCUCCGGGCCAAGCUGCCCCCACACCUGCUGGCCAUGGAGGACACCAAGCCCGACCUCAUAGUGGUAAAGAGUGAGGAGCUGUCGGAAGCAGGACAGCCGAUGAAGAGGGAGAGGGUGAAGAGCGAGAGCAGCAGUGGCAGCAGCAGCAGCAGCUCGGAAGAGGAAGAGGAGGAGGAGAGGAAGGAGGACGAAGAGGGAGACAAGUACGAGCCUGACCUGGAUCUGGAAAACGACUUCCCAUUAGCCUCGGAACCUGUGCCUGUAGCAGAGGGGUUGGAAGCAGAGUUGGGCUUCACACUGCCCCCUGUGUUAGCUGAGGAGAAGGAGGAGAUAUCUCGACCCAGGGCCAGACGGAAGGGAUCGAAGCGGCAGGCGGUUGAGGAGGGCUCCCCUGCACCUGCGUCCCCGUGUGCGGAGCCCGAUCCCGGGGCCCGGUCAGAGGAGGGGGCCAUCCCCCUCAGACCCCACUACGGGCUGAACGCCUGGAGGAGGUGGGCCGCCACCACCACCACCACCACCACCACCACCACUUCCCAACAGGAAACAGACGCCCCUGCACAGGAAGGACCCAAACAAGGUGUGCGUGUGAAGAGUAACCUGCUGUCCCUGAAGGCGUCCCGUCUGAGCCAGGCGCUGGCCCGCUUCGUACGAGAGGCGCGGCGGCCCAAAGGAGAGCGCUACGCCCCCGACAGCAUCCUCUACCUCUGUCUCAGCAUCCAGAAGCAUUUGCAGGACAAAGGGAGGACGGAUGACCUCUUCAGUGACCCCUGUUACAAGCAGUUUGGAGAGGAGCUGAACAAAAUCCUCAAAGACUGGCAGCCCAGUGUGUUGCCUGACGGCUCCAUGUGGGGACGGGUGCAGGAGCGCUGCCUGUGGGACAGCGGUCAGCUGGGCGAGCGGAGCCCGGCGGCGCUGCUGCGCUCGCUCGUCUACCUGAACACCAAGUACUUGGGCCUGCGCACCGUGGAGCAGCACCUGCGGCUCUCCUUCGCCAACGUGUACGGGCCCAGCCGCACCGACCCGCUCACGCAGGAGGUCUCGCUCCGCAUACGCGUCCCCUCCAUAUCGCAGGACGAGCACCAGGUACAAACAGGAAACAAGAGGAAACGGCAACAGAAUGACUAUGAGCCCGACGACGGGUCGGGAGACUCCAGCCACUGUCCAGUGAAGAAGCAUGAGUGUCGCCUUUAUGAAGUGUACCUGUCCAAGUGCCCUGUGUCUGUGCGGCAGCGAGCGGACCUCUUCUACAUGCAGCCCGAGGCGUCGGGCAACGGCGGUGGCGGCAGCAGCGGCGGUGGCGACAGCAGCAGCGGCGGCGGCGCCCUGUGGUUCGGCAGCUCCCCGCUGGACCGAAGCGUGCUGGAGAGCUUGCUGACCCGCGUCCUCCUGGUCAAGGACAUCUACCAGGAGAACCGCCCCGAGGAGGAGGAGGAGGAGGAGGAGGAGGAGGAGGAGGGAGGUGACGAUGAAGACAAAGGGGAGCAAAAAGAUAUGGAGGUCGCAAGGGAUUAGCCACCCUCAAAACGUGUCCCCAACCCCCUUCUGAGUGUUUGUCACUACACACACACACUUACACUCACACACACACACACUCACACACGCACAUGCACACACGCACACACUCGUGUCUCUUGGCAUUAUACCCACAAGCCCUCUGUCCAGGACGCUGUUUCCUUAGCCUUCCCUCCACCUCACUCUCACCCUCACCCUCAUCCACACGCAUCAGAACUGGUCCUGGAACAUUGGAGGAGGAAGUAUGUGUGUGUGAUGAGGCGGUGUGCUUAAAGACUGACCUGUGACCAGCGGGUCGCCCCGGAGACGGGCAAGAAGGACCAGACUCGGUAGUGGGCGUGAGUGCGGGGUGCAUCAUAAAAUAUAUAUAUACAUAUAUAUAUUAACACGAAAAGCAAAAAUCCAGACUGCUGCUUUUCAUGAUUUUAUUUUGUUCGUUUUUGUUUGUCUGUUUUGUUUUGUUUGUUUUUUUGUAUUUGCCCAGGGGGGAGGAGUGUAUAUAUGUGAUGUAGCAUUACUUACUAUGCCCAGAUUGGGCAGCUCCAACUUGUACAUACCCGCAGUAGUGAAGCUAGGGUGAGAAGGGGAUCGAAGGUGCGAGAGAGAAAGUGUGUGUUCCUGAAAAAUCCAUGAAAAUUUAAAUAAUAAAAAAAGAUACAAAAAAAAUAAGUAAAAAAACACACACAACACUGACACGCAUCAAAAAAGCUUCCUGAAUCUGCUCCAACUCUGACCCCAAUUUUCUUCUUUUUUUUUUUUUUUUUAAGUGACUUAUUUAUUACGAUUGAUUGGACUUUGAUUACUAUGUGUGUUUCCGUUCAUAAGUGGAGGAAUCCCCAGUGAGAGCUUGUGUGUGUGUGUGUGUGCGUGCGUGCGUGCGUGUGUGCGUGCGUGUGUGUGUGUGUGUGGACAUAUGCCCUUUAUCUCUUCUUCGCACUCCUCCAGUACGAACAUUAAAGACCUAAUACAGGCCAGGAGUUGUCCAGUGUGAUUUCACUCCUUUAUCUCACUUCCUGUUAAGCCGCCUUGUGUCUCUCUCUCUCUUUCUUUCUUUCUUUCUUUCUUUCUUUCUUUCUUUCUCUCUCUCUCUCCCUCUGUCUCGUUCUCUCUGUCUGUUUCUCUCUUUCUAUUUCUUUCUCAACUGCUUUCUCUCUUACUUUUCUUUAUCUUUCUCACUCUCUUUCCCGGUUCUUCUGCUGCUCAUUUUGGAGAGGGAAAGGAUGCAGGAUGUGUUCAUAUUGUUUUGGGGAUGGGGCUGUUUUGAGUUUCUGAAGCCACUGUUCCUCUUCCGUUUCAGUUUACUUAUUUUGACUUUCCUUUUUUUUUUGUGGAUAUUAAGUUUGAAAUAAACAAAAGCAUUUGGCCACAAGUGCGUUGAAGACUUCACAUCUGAAUUUUUUUUUGCUGAAAUGUGGGUGUCUUGUGACAUCCUGAUUGGUGAGCGUGUUAUACUUUGUGUUAUACUUAGUUUUUACUUGCAUCCAAGCUGCGUUUGACCCCUUCUGUUUCUGUUCUAUGUUGGAAUUUUAUUUAUGUGAAGGAAAAACGGUUACUUCAUACCUUUUCAUUUAAGUUCAUGUUGUAUUUUUAUUUUCUUAGAAUAAAUUCCAAAUCCAUA